AUGCAACUAGCGACAACUCCACGCAUAGGAUGGACUCUCCUUGCGCUUGCCUCGACAGCAAGCGCCGCCUACGUCCAGUUCGAAGAUUGCUACGAUGCCAUUUCCUUCAAGUGGACGGCCUCUCGACUCACGCCGGAAGGCCUCAGAGCCGCUCUUGAUAAUGCUGGUACCGUAAGCCAACUCCACUUGAACUUCACAGGAAGCUACGCCGGCGUCAAAACAUGCGACCACGUCCCGUCCUCAAACGUAUCGGCGACUAUCGAGAUAACCAGUCUUGCGGCCUCUAGGAACUACACGGUGCACAACCUCACGACCACGUGUCGCGAAACAAACUACCCAAACCACGAUGUUGCCCUUGUCCGCCACCAGAUGACAUUCCUUGUCGAUCCACCUUCUCUCAUCGAUAGCUACGACCUCAACCUACACCUAUCAUCCUCCUCACAACUGUUCUCCUGCGUAACCGCCACGAUAACUCCCGCCCUCUCCCUAAUCGCCAGAUCUAUCGCCCAGUACCUUCCUCCAGCCACACUCCUUCUAACGCUCCUCCUCGCCCUCUGGCAUGAACUCCUCCCUCUCUAA